AAAGUAUUUAUUUAAGAAGCACUAAAAAGACCAAAGCUUUCUCAGUCUCUCUCCCUAUCUGAAACGAUGACGACGUCGUUUCGCUCUCCGGCGGGCGCCGCCACUGUCUUUUCUACCGAUCAGAAGAUCCGGGUCGGGAUUCUCCACUCUCUGAGGUCAUCUCGUACGGUUUUCCUCGGAAGAAAUGUGUUUGUUGGUGUCCACUCGUUGCCCCCAUCGUCGUCAUCUCCAUCCUCAAUCCAAGCCGUAUCAACGCCAGCGAAGCCUGAGGCAGCAAAGCCCACCAAGAGGAGCAAAGUCGAGAUCAUCAAGGAGAAGAGCAACUUCAUCAGGUACCCUCUCAACGAGGAGCUUCUAACAGAAUCCCCAAACGUCAACGAAUCCGCCGUCCAGCUCAUCAAGUUCCACGGAAGCUACCAACAGUACAACCGAGAGGAACGCGGCGGAAGAUCCUACUCCUUCAUGCUCCGCACCAAGAACCCAAGCGGCAAAGUCCCGAACCAGCUCUACCUAACCAUGGACGACUUAGCAGACGAGUUCGGCAUCGGCACGCUCCGUCUGACCACCAGACAAACCUUCCAGCUUCACGGCGUUCUGAAGCACAAUCUCAAGACUGUGAUGAGCUCCAUCAUCAAAAACAUGGGGAGCACGCUCGGCGCGUGCGGUGAUCUGAACAGAAACGUUCUUGCUCCGGCUGCGCCUUACGCGAAGAAAGACUAUCUCUUCGCGCAGGAGACGGCUGAUAACAUCGCGGCGCUUCUAAGUCCUCAGUCAGGGUUUUACUAUGACAUGUGGGUUGAUGGUGAGCAGUUUAUGACGGCUGAGGCGCCUGAGGUUGUGGAGGCUAGGAAUGAUAACUCUCAUGGGACUAACUUUGUGGACUCUCCUGAGCCUAUUUAUGGCACUCAGUUCUUGCCGAGGAAGUUCAAGAUCGCUGUGACUGUGCCUACUGAUAACUCUGUCGAUCUUCUCACCAAUGACAUUGGCGUUGUUGUCGUUUCAGAUGAAAAUGGGGAGCCUCAGGGUUUCAACAUAUAUGUUGGUGGAGGUAUGGGAAGAACACACAGAAUGGAGUCCACAUUUGCCCGCAUUGCAGAACCAUUAGGUUACGUACCCAAGGAGGAUAUAUUGUACGCCGUAAAGGCCAUUGUUGUCACACAACGUGAACAUGGUAGAAGAGACGACCGCAAAUACAGUAGAAUGAAGUAUCUGCUCAGCUCAUGGGGAAUAGAAAAGUUUAGAGACGUGGUUGAGCAAUACUACGGCAAAAAGUUCGAGCCUCCCCGUGACUUGCCAGAGUGGGAGUUCAAAAGCUAUUUGGGAUGGCAUGAGCAGGGAGAUGGUGCUUUGUUCUGUGGCCUUCACGUAGACAGUGGACGCGUUGGUGGGAACAUGAAGAAGACGCUGAGAGAAGUCAUUGAGAAGUAUAGACUUGACGUGCGUAUCACGCCUAAUCAGAACAUUGUGUUGUGUGAUAUCAAGAGCGAGUGGAAGCGUUCCAUUACUACUGUGCUUGCUCAGGCUGGCUUAUUGCAACCAGAGUUUGUAGACCCUCUCAACCAAACGGCAAUGGCUUGUCCAGCUUUUCCUUUGUGCCCUCUGGCUAUAACUGAGGCAGAGCGUGGGAUUCCUAGUAUUCUAAAGCGAGUGCGAGCAAUGUUUGAGAAGGUUGGUCUCGAGUUUGAUGAAUCGGUUGUGGUGAGAGUAACUGGUUGCCCUAAUGGAUGUGCUAGACCAUAUAUGGCUGAAGUAGGUCUAGUUGGGGAUGGUCCAAACAGCUACCAGGUUUGGUUAGGAGGGACACCGAACCAGACACAGAUAGCGAGGGCGUUCAUGGACAAGGUGAAGAUUCAAGACUUAGAGAAGGUCUUUGAGCCAUUGUUUUACAACUGGAAACUUGGGAGACAAGCAAAGGAAUCGUUUGGAGAAUUCACAACCCGCAUGGGAUUUGAGAAACUCAAGGAGCUGAUAAGUACAUACGAAGGAUCUCCACAGUAAAAACAAGAAGGAACUUUUGUCUUUUGGAAUUACACAAAACAAAGGAUGCAUUCUCUUGUCGUGGUGUUACUCUUCGGUAACAUCUGACAAAUAAAGAUUAUGUACUUGAUCGUACUCUUCUGUACUUUUUUUUAAUUGAGUUGAGACCACAAAUAAGCACUUGGCUCUUUCCUUUUUUGGGUAUGUUUGAUUGUUGUAUGGACAAAGUAAUUAUUUCCUUUAGGGAAUGGUAAUGUAUUUGCUAUUUGCUCAAAA